AUGCAGUCACAAAAGACACACGGUGCAUUUCUCGAGUUACCAGGCGAGAUACGAAAUAUGAUCUACGCCAUGGCCAUCUACCCAGAGCUUUCUUCGCUCGUGAUCGCAAAUUGCACUAAGCCGGAGCAUCUCGCCGCAUCUGUGCUGCAUCUUUCUGCCUUCCGCGUCUGUCGCCAGAUACGGGCCGAAUGUCUCUCCUACAUUUGCGCCAAUUUCUCCCUCAAGUUCCUUGGCCUGCAGACUGCGGAUCUCUUCUUUUGGUGUGCGGGACCAGCCAUCUCCGAGAUCAAGGCUUUUGUUCUUGUGCAGCCCUGCAUUGCUUCGAAAAGCAAACAAAGCGGAGAUAGGAGUGAGCGCUUCCUGGCUGCGCUAGAUAAGAUGGACCAGUUGACCAAAGUUGUUUUGGAGGAAACCGCGAAGGUUCUGGCGUUGGAAAAGAAUGAAGAGCAGAACGAGUUCACAAGAAGGGUCGAGGCUUUGAGCAAAAGAGGCGUGAAAGUCCAAGUCAGGGUGGGGAACAGAUAUAUCAUGUAG